AUGUUAUCUCCGAUUGAGAAUGAGAGAUCCGAAAUUCCUUCCCCUGAGAAGCUGAAGUUAGUGGAGGAGCCAUCCGACGAUGAAUCUAAGUUCUCUAACUAUGAUUCGGACGAUUGGGAAACUUUGUCUGAUGAUCUUCGACUGUUAGACGAAGAGUGGGGCAAGAGCGGGGGUUUUGAUGUGGACUUCUCGAAAGUGCGUCACAGAUUUGGUUGCGGAGCUGUUCAUCUCGACGACGACAAUAUGGUUAGCGAGCCUCAUGAAACCAACAGAGAUUUGCUCAACAGGUUGUCCAACAUGGCUAUCUCCUUCUACAACGACAAGACGGAUUCAAGUUUGGAACUUGUCAAGGUUUUGAGAGCAAAUUUUCACCCAUCUGCUGCAAUCACGCUCUACAUCACGUUCGAAGCCAAUGAUCCUAAAGAUGGUAACCAGACUAAACGUUACCAGGCAGUGGUCCUCUACUUGUCCUUUGAUAUCCAAGUGUGCUCUUGCAAGCCUGAACCAUCUUCUUGAAUUUAUAGAGAUGUGUUAGUUAAGCCCAUGUUUACAUGAUGAAUAUGUUAUAAAGGAUAGCUUGUUAAGUUUUGCAACGUGAGUUUAUAUAUAAACAAGCGACCAUAAUAACCUUUGACAUAAUUGGUGAA